UGCACCGGAACAUCAGCAUCUAUCGCCAGCCGAUCCAACCAAUCGUUCAGGAUAAUCCGACUUUCCUUCACUACCAACAUGAUCCGAACCAUAAUCUUAUCGGCGAUGAUCGCCAUCACCGUUGCGGAGCCGCAAUGGUACGGUGGACCGAGCUACGGCGCACCAGCUGGUUACGGUGGCGCUGCCCCACUCGGACCGGACGGUCGAGUGGUCGACACCCCGGAAGUGGCUCAGCUCAAGUCUGCUCAUCUCGCUGCUCUCGCCGAUGCGAAUGCACGUGCACCGAAAGGACCGGGGGCUGAUGGGGCUUGGAACCCGGCUGCUGGUCCAGCCAAUUAUGCCGCGCCCAGCUACGGCGCCCAUUACAGCGGACCACCAGCACCUUUGGGAGCUGACGGUCGCGUCGUCGACACGCCGGAAGUGCAGCAAGCCAAAGCCGUUCAUUUCUCGUUGUACAACGCCGAAGCUCAGCGAGCACCUGCUGGCCCAGCCGAAGCCGACUCGGGCGCGUGGAAUCCGGCGUGGAACGGCGGCUGGAACGGCGCUUGGGACAACCACUACUAAUAAACGAGUUACCGAAUGCCACGAGGACAGUUUAAACGGACAUGGAUAAAGACGCACGAAGGAAAGGGAACCGACCAUUUUAUCUUUAGAAUUUUGAAUCGGGACUGAGGAAAAACGUCCCGGAAUUCAGACUGAUUUUCACUUCGCAAGGAGUCGCGGAGUUCUGAGAGGGCAGAGAAACCUGGUGCUCCGGAGCCUCGAGCCACUAUUUCCUCUGUCCAGAGGCAGAGGAGCAAUUCCACCAUCUCGAAGGCUCUUCAACAUUGUUUUUUUUUCCAUUUUAGCGUACUUUUAAGACGCAUGAAAAUCUACCUCAUCCGAAUCCAGCGAUCGUCAAACGAUCGCGACGUAAUCGUAGGCGUAGAACCCGAGAACAAAAUGACUAACCGCAGACACCUCACAGCCCUUUAGCUCCCUUCGCACACCGCGAUUAUCAAGCACUUUUAUAGUUAGCUCCAAUAUUUUUGCUGAUCAAAUUGCUCCAAUGAUAAUGAGCGAAAGUUUGCUAUUACGAGAUAAGCAUUUUUUGUACCUUUAUUGAUAUGCGAUUGUGAUUGAUCUAAGAAUAAAAACUGCUCAAUUAUAAAGUUAAUAUUUCUGCCUUGA